AUGUCCUCGCUAGUUUCUCCCGAUAUUGUUUCUCAACUGAACCAAGUAUUAUCAAACUUGGCUUCCAAUGAUAAUAAUCUUCGUUCAAGUGCUGAAAAACAACUGAAUGAACACUGGAUCGCGCAACAACCGGAUUUAUUACUUCUUUCUUUAAUACAGCUUGGAAGAUCUCACGAAGAAAUACACGGUCGCUCUUUUGCUUUUGUGCUGCUUCGAAGAAUUGCAUUCAAGCAAGUUCCAGGUACUCAAAAAACGGACGAUGCUACAAUAUGGGACCGCCUUCAAGAACAGAGUAGACAAGCAAUCAAAAAUGAACUUUUAAUGUCGCUUUCAGUUGAGCGAGAGAAUACUGUACGUUAUAAAGUUUGUGAUGCCGUUUCUGAAGUUGCUAAAAAUUCCUUUCUCAAAGGACAAAAGUGGGGUGAACUACUACCUGCUCUAUUUGAAGCCAGUAAAUCUCCUUCUGCCGAACAUCGUGAAGCUGCUUUACGAAUAUUUUCUGCUGUGCCUAAUCUAAUCACCGAUCAGCCUAUUGAUAUUUUAAAACAAAUUCGUAUGGCUGCACUUAAAGCUGCUGUAGCAUUCAUGUUGGAAGCAAAUCAACCAAGUCGUACUUCUUUUUCGGAAUUAAUGCCACAGAUGCUUGAGGUCUUAUCUCCACUUGUAGCACAUCGUGAUGAAGAUGGUUUAGUUGAUGGUAUAAUGGUAUUCAUUGAAUUAGGUGAAAAUUCACCGCGUGUAUUUAGGCCAGUACUCCCUAUCGUUAUGCCUUUCGCUAUAAAUAUUAUGAAAGAUAAAUCAUUUGAAGAGGGUACGCGUCAAACUGCUCUCGAACUUUUGCUUACUUUGUCGGAGGCUUCUCCGUCAAUGAUGCGCAAAACUCCAGAUUUCUGUUCGCAAGUUAUCCCCAUAUCUUUGGAGAUGAUGACAGAAUUGGACGAUUAUGAAGAAUGGUACACAACUGAUGAUCUAGAUGACGAUGAUAAUGAUGAAAACUAUGUUAUAGGGGAACAUGCCAUGGAUAGAUUAGCUCGUAAUAUUGGUGGAAAAGCUGUACUCCCCAUUGCCUUUAAUUAUAUUCCCUCCAUGUUGGGCGCAGAGAAAUGGGAACAACGUCAUGCUGCACUUAUGGCAAUAUCUGCCAUUGGGGAGGGUUGUGUUAAAAUUAUGGAGCCUGAAUUGGGUAAAAUUAUCGAAUUGGUUUUACCAUAUUUACGAGAUCCUCACCCUCGAGUAAGAUAUGCUGCGUGUAAUGCAAUCGGUCAAAUGUCGACUGAUUUCCAAGAUUCUCUCCAAAAGAAAUUUCAUCAACCUGUACUUACUAAUUUAAUUCCUAUAAUGGACACCCCGGAACCGAGGGUUCAAGCCCAUGCAGCUGCUGCCCUAGUUAAUUUCUGUGAAGCUGCAGAUAAGGCAAUUCUAGAACCUUAUUUGGAUCCUAUUUUUGAAAGGCUUCUUGUUCUUCUAAAUUCUGGAAGAACUUAUGUUCAAGAGCAAGCUAUAACAACGAUAGCUACAGUUGCAGAUAGUGCAGAAGAUAGAUUUGUAAAGUAUUAUAGUGCUAUUAUGCCUUUAUUAAUAACCGUUCUUAGAAAUGCUCACCAAAAAGAAUAUCGAUUAUUACGAGGCAAAGCCAUGGAGUGUGCAAGUCUUAUAGCCUUGGCUGUAGGGAAAGAAAUUUUUGCACCAAAUGCCAAUGAGUUCAUUCAAUUAUUGGUUCAAACACAACCCGAUGAUGAUAUUGAUUCUAAAUAUUCAGCUGAAGAUGGUUGGGAAUUUGUCGGUGUUGAAGGUCAACAAAUUGGAAUAAAAACGACUGUUUUGGAAGAAAAAUGUACUGCUGUUGAAAUGCUUAUAUGUUAUGCUCGAGAGCUUGGUCCUGCCUUCCAACCGUACGUUGAGGAUGUUUUGGAAAUCGUGCUACCACUCCUAAAAUUUUAUUUUCACGAUGGUGUCCGUAAUGCUGCAGCAGCAACUAUUCCGCAUCUCCUUAAUUCAGUUAAAAAAGCUAAUGCUAGUAAUGAAUAUAUAUUAUCAAUGUGGCAUACAAUUGUGAAAAAAGUUAUCGAAGUUAUCAUGAGCGAAGUUGAUCCCACAUUUUUGUGGCAACUUUAUGUUACUUUUUAUGAAUCAUUAGAAAUAGUUGGUGAUAAUAGUCUUGAUGAGUCGCAUUUAGAAGCUUUUACGAAAGCUACCGAAGUUCAAUUACAAGAAUUUUAUCAAAGAAUAAAGCAGCGAGAACAAGCAAGACACAGUGGAGAUUAUGAUGCUGAAGAUGAAGAUAUAAUUAUGGAAGAAGAGGCAACGGAAGAAGGUGUUCUUGGUGAACUUUCAAAAGCUUUACAUGUUAUCCUUAAAACCCAUCGAACGUCUUAUCUUCCAUCUUUUGAUAAGUUGUUACCAAUCGUAUCCAUGUUCUUGGCUGAUGCAAACCCUGCAGCUCGUCAAUGGGCUUUAUGCGUAAUUGAUGAUGUUAUUGAAUUUACUGGACCUGCAUCAUGGGUUUAUCAUACUCAUUUCUUAGAAAAAAUGAUUGCAUCAUUAAUGGACAUAGCCUCCGAUGUUAGGCAGGCUGCCGCUUAUGGUAUUGGUGUAUGUGCCCAAUUUGGUGGCGAGAAUUACUCUGAAGCUGUUACAGAGGCACUAAGUAAUUUAUUCCAAGUAAUAAAUUCUGAUGGCUCUAGGAGAGAAGAAAAUAUAUAUGCAACUGAGAAUGCUAUAUCUGCUAUAACUAAGAUUCUAAAAUUCAAUAAUAGUAAAGUUGACGUGAAUGCUGUGCUUCCAGCUUGGUUUGCAUCCCUACCUAUUAUCUAUGAUGAAGAAGAAGCAGCACUUACUUACACAUAUUUGCUAGAUUUGCUAGAAGCUCAACAUCCUCUCAUUCUUGGUAAUAAUAAUGAAAAUAUUCCACGUGUUGGCAAAAUUUUCACUGAG